GACCGCGAACAAAGCUAUUCGUUCUGGUUCGUUGCCGCCUUGCACGUUCCCUCUCCUUUUUCUCUGCUCUUCUCUCUCUCUCUCUAAACCCUAACCCUAAUUCGUUGUCGUUGGCUCCGACUCAUCUCUAUCGUCUUCCUUUGUUCCGAAUUCGAUUUUUCUUGCAUUUUCUGCAGAUCUUUGGAUCCGUAAGAUUUGGAAUCUUACUUUCGUGAUUCUUCCCUACCGUAUGCUUUUGUCUAGUUUAAGAUUUUUCCCGGUUGUUUAUUUGGAUACCCGUCUGGAUUUUCGAUUUCUUCGUGUAAGAAUAUGAAUUAGGUUGUUAAAUCGAUCGAUUCGGGCUUGUUUCCGUUACCUGUUCUCCGAGAUUUUCGGAAAGAAAAUUGAAAUAGCCUGUCAGUUUGUUCACUUCGUUUCGAAUUGGAACCGGGAUCCGAUUAUUCGGGAUUGGAAUCGAAAUCCCAGUGGAGCGAGAUUGCAAUUUGGAUCGUUCGAGUUCAAAACUUCCAGAUCCAACUUCAGUUAAUCCCACUGCUGUUUUCUUGAGUACUAUCGUGUGAUAUUGAGCGUUUCGAAGAACGUUUUUAAAUGGGAGAAGGAGCUGUUUGUUUGGAGAUGCCAAUGGAAGGAGUAAUGGCGGAAGGGAAUUCAUCAAUGAGCGAAUUGAAAAGAGACCGUCUGUCUCUCGCAGAUGACACCGAAGCAGAGUAUCCGAACAAGAAGCAAGUGAGAGAAGCUUCAAACGAUGACGUGAAAUCUGAAAUAUCGAAUCCAAUGGCGUCACCGGUGGAAAACACCUCCAGUUUUCACGACAUCUCGAGCCAACCGUCGAAAUCCGGCACCGGCGACACACUGGAGUGCGGCGAUGUUACUGCUACUUGCUCGGGUUCUGAAUAUACUAUAAGCGAUGAAGAACGCAGUGGAAAUGGAAUGGAGAAUUCGAGUGAUGUUUCGACGUCCAGUUUCGUGUUGGAGAUUCCGAAGCAUCUUAGUUCGACCGGAAUCACGAAAAUUACGUUUAAGCUCAGUAAACCAAAGGAGACGAAGAAUCCUGCAUGGGACUGUGUUUCUUUACGUGGAGCUUCUUCAAUGGGAGUGAAGACGGCUAAGAAGAUUGGUUCUGGGAACUUCCCCUCUAAUGUGAAGAAGCUAUUAUCGACGGGAAUUCUCGAGGGAGCUCGUGUGAAGUAUAUUUCAACCCCACCAGUGAGAGAGCUUCAGGGGAUAAUCCAUUCGGGUGGGUACUUGUGUGGAUGUACAACUUGCAAUUUCUCCAAAGUUCUUAGUGCAUAUGAGUUUGAGCAACAUGCUGGAGCAAAAACGAGACACCCAAAUAAUCACAUCUUUCUGGAGAACGGGAGGCCGAUCUUUAACAUUAUUCAAGAACUGAAAACUGCUCCACUUGAUGUACUUUACGAGCUGAUAAGGAAUAUGUGCGGUUCUGCUCUGAAUGAGGAGGGCUUUCAGACGUGGAAAGCAAAUUUCGAAAAGGGCAAUAGCAUGUCUGAAUCUGACAGGAACUAUAACAUGGAGCAUCUGAACCCAUAUCUUUGCACUACCAGCUAUUCUGGUCAAUCUCUUGAUGAGAGUCACAGCUCUACAUCUUACUUUUCGGAGACCAACUAUUUUAGAGAGAUGACGAGCAUAAAUGACACCAUCGGAGGACAGAAACGAAUAGUUAAGAAGGUUCGCUCUCAUAAUUCUGGAACGGGAAUGCAACAUAAGAAAGUUACUGAAGGUGGCACUAGGAAGAGGGACAAUGAUUUACACCGGUUGCUGUUUAUGCCAAAUGGACUGCCGGAUGGAACUGAAUUGGCAUACUAUGUGAAAGGACAGAGACUACGUCAGGGCUACAAGCAGGGAAGCGGUAUAGUAUGUAGCUGCUGUGACAGAGAGGUCAGUCCUUCUCAGUUUGAAGCACAUGCCGGAAUGGCUGCUAGACGACAACCUUAUCGUCAUAUCUACAUCCCUUCUGGAUUAUCAUUGCAUGAUAUAGCCAUGUCAUUGGCAAAUGGACAUGUCAUUACCACUGGUGACAGUGAUGACAUGUGUACUAUUUGUGGGGAUGGUGGAGAUUUGCUACUCUGUGCCGGGUGUCCUCAAGCAUUUCAUACAACAUGUUUGAAAUUUCAGUCUAAGCCUGAAGGAACUUGGUACUGUUCAAGCUGCAAUGAUAAACCUGUAUCUAGUAGAAAGGUCUCAGCUGGUGAUCCUUGGAGUAGCUCGAAACCGAUAGUUAUAAGACUGACAAGAGUUGUGAAAGCACCAGAAAGUGAAAUUGGCGGUUGUGUAUUCUGCAGGUCCCAUGAUUUUAGCGUUGGGAAAUUUGAUGAUCGAACAGUAAUUCUCUGUGACCAGUGUGAGAAAGAGUACCAUGUCGGUUGCUUGAGAGAGAAUGGCCUUUGUGAUUUGAAAGAAAUUCCGCAAGACAAAUGGUUCUGUUGUGGCGACUGCAGCAGGAUUCACACGGCUCUCCAGAAUUCUGUUUCCUGUGGAGCACAAGCUAUUCCUGCUCAUUUGUCAGACACAAUAAGCAAAAAAUGCAUAGAAAAGGGAAUAUUUAUUGAAAGUGAGGAUAGUGUGCAGUGGAGAAUACUUAGCGGAAAAAGUCGAUAUCCAGAGCAUCUGCCCUUGCUGUCAAGGGCCGCUGCUAUUUUCAGGGAGUGUUUCGAUCCUAUUGUUGCAAAGUCUGGCCGUGAUCUCAUUCCUGUCAUGGUCUACGGGAGAAACAUAUCUGGGCAGGAGUUUGGAGGAAUGUACUGCGUGGUUCUGAUGGUGAAUUCUCUUGUUGUGUCUGCCGCAUUGCUUAGAGUUUUUGGUCGCCAAGUUGCUGAACUUCCUCUUGUAGCUACGAGCCGACAGUUCCAGGGAAAGGGUUACUUUCAAGGGUUGUUUGCAUGCAUCGAGAGUCUACUUUCUUCGCUGAAAGUUGAGAACCUAGUUCUCCCGGCAGCUGAAGAAGCCGAGUCGAUUUGGACGAAGAAGUUUGGCUUUACAAAGUUGUCAGAGCAGCAAAUGCAGAAGUACCAAAGAGAAGUGCAGUUCACAGUCUUCAAGGGAACAUCAAUGUUGGAGAAGAAAGUACCCAUCGUAUCACAUGAGCAGUGAUGAGACAAACACUCAAUUUCACAUCUUUCUGCCAAGUUUUGAUUUUUUUUUUUUGUUCCAUUGGAUCAUAUUCGUGUUUGUUUUUCUUUGGUUAGUCGCUUUUUUUUUUUUUC